AUGGAAGAAUUCAAACUUCGUACUAAAAAUCAAGAAUUUCAGAAAAAAGAAUAUAGUAAUAUGAUUGAAAAGUUGAACCUUCGCGUUUCAGAUUCAAAUAAACAACGAUUGGAAGAAUUACAAAUUGUUCAAAAUGACAACAAGCAACUCUUGACAAAAUUGAACAACAUUGAGAAACAAAACAAAAAGCUUGAAGACAAAUGUUUGAAGUAUCAGCAAGAAAAAAACCAAGCAGAAGCAACCAAAAGAUUAUUGAUAAAUGAAAGCAAUAGAAGAAAAAUUGAUAAUAUUCAAUUAAAAGGCGAAGUUACAAGGUUGGAGAAUUGCAAGACAACUUUAGAUUUAAAUUUCAAAGUAUUAGAUUCAAUCAAUAGACAAUUAUUGAGAGAUAAUGCCAUUUUUGAAUCUCAAUGCAACACUUAUGAAAAUAUAAUUGAGGAGCUUGAGGAAACAAAUGGAGAGCUAAUAAACGAAAAUGAUAAUCAAAGGUGCAAGCUUAAUGAUCAAGACAUAUCUUCCUUACAAAAUUUUUCGAAUCAGUUAUUAGGAAAUAUUUCAUGUUUGGAAGAAGAACUUCACAAUAAGAAUAAAACCGUUGAAGGAUACAUUUCAAAAUUAGAAAAUCAAAAAAAAGAAAUAUCAAGUUUAAAAAGUUUAUAUAGUGGUGAAGUGGGAAAAUUAAAGGCAGAUUUGGUUAAAGAGAGGGAGACAUGUGAUUUAUUUAUUAAUAGAACAAGUAGAUAUGUAGAAAUCAUAAAAGUAUUAGCAAUGAAGAUUGAAGAUUUGAAAAAACUUCGUGAAAAAGAUCAAAAAGAUAACAUGAAUCAAAUUAUCAAGUGUAAAGUAUGUUUUGAGGAACCUAUAACACAUUCUUUUUCACCAUGUAAUCACUUUGUUACAUGUGAAAAUUGUUCUAUUAAUGGUAGCAAUAAUGCUAGUAGCAAGAGUGUAAGAGGUAAUAGUGUUAAAAUGUAUAUAAUUAAUUGA